AUGCAUACGGAUAUUAUAAUGGAAUUUCAGUUUGAUAAAGUAAAUAGUUUCAAAGCAAUCAAGAAAUUUUGCUCACAUAUUAUUAGUUUAAAGGAGGUGAGAAACUAAUAAUUCUAAGACUCAGUAAAGUAUAAAUACUGUUACAAUCGACCGUAAUCAACUAGAUCAGGGGGAAUAACAGUAGGUGUUCACAAACAGCUUUAAUCAAGGAACAUAUUACUUCCCUGA